AUGGCUUUCUGCAACUCAACUUUGCUAGAAUCCCUCUCUUUUCACCACCUAGUCUUCAUGUUCUUCACCUUGCUCCUUGCUUCUUCGAAUUCCUAUGUCUUGAAUUCCAUCAGCACUAGCACCACCAUUGUUGCUGUAGACCAAGCUGAUGCUCUCCUCAAAUGGAAAGCUACUGAUCUCAACAACCAAAGCCAAACUGUUCUCCAUUCAUGGACUCUACUUGAUUCCAAUUCUACCAAUUCCUCUAUGCGAUCUGACCCAUGCAUGAGUUGGAUUGGAAUUACUUGCAGUCAAAGGGGAAGCAUCACUGAGAUUAGCUUACCAAGUAUGGGCUUGCAAGGUAUGGUUGAGAACUUCCCCUUUCCCUCACUUCCUGCUCUUAUACGUCUGGAUUUCACUAACAAUACACUUUUUGGUACUGUUCCCUCCAACAUUGCUAACCUCUCUGUUAUCAACUACCUUGAUCUGUCUGUGAAUCAGCUCUCAGGAUCAAUUCCAUCUGAAAUCUACUUACUUACCGGUCUUAAUAUCUUGUAUCUUGAUCAGAAUCAUUUCAGUGGAUCCAUACCUGACAGAAUGGGAAGAUUGAAAAAACUUACCAUUCUGACCAUGUACUCCAACAACCUCUCUGGUUCCAUACCUGAUUCUCUUGGUAAUUUGAGCAAUCUAGGAGAGCUCUCUUUAUACGAAAACAAUCUCAUUGGUUCAAUCCCUGCAUCUAUAGGUAAGUUGAGAGAUUUGUACUCUCUAUACCUAUACAGAAACCAACUUUCAGGUCCCAUUCCCCAGGAAAUAGGAAAUUUGACACAGCUCAGCUCUUUAAGCCUGGAAGAUAAUUAUCUGAUUGGUUCCAUCCCUCAAGAAAUAGGAAAUUUGAAAUCACUUACUGAUCUAUACUUACCUCUGAACAAUCUCAAUGGUUCAAUCCCUGUUUCUUUAUGUAAUUUGAGAAACCUAACCAUUUUAUACCUCUAUGGGAAUCAACUCUCUGGUAGGAUUCCUAUAGAAAUCGGAAAUUUGACAAGUCUGACUGACCUACAACUGCUUUUCAAUCAACUAGCAGGAUCCAUCCCUUCCACUUUGGGAAACCUAAAGAAGCUCACCUAUUUAAACCUAUUGAAAAAUCAAUUUUCUGGUUCAAUCCCUGAAGAAAUAGGAAAUCUUACCAAUUUGGCUAGCUUGCAAUUGGGAGAUAACCAUUUCUCUGGUAGUCUGCCACAAGGGCUAUGCAUGAGUGGGUCACUUGAAAACAUCAGUGCAUUUAACAACCAUUUCGUAGGUGUUCUUCCAAAAGGCUUCAAAAACUGCACAAGCUUAUUUAGAGUUCGACUCGAAAAUAACCAACUUGCUGCAAACUUAUCAGAAGACUUUGGGGUUUAUGAAAAUCUGAAUUACAUUGAUUUGAGCUAUAAUCAAUUGAAUGGUGAACUUUCAUCAACCUGGGGUCAAUGCCAAAACUUGCAAACUCUAAGGAUGGCUGGGAAUGAUAUUACUGGUAAGAUACCUCCUGAGCUUGGGAUGUUAAUCCAAAUGCAUGUUCUUGAUCUUUCUUCAAAUUACCUGGUGGGUGAAAUUCCUAAGGAAUUUGGUGAGUUGACAUUGUUGUUGAAUCUCAGUCUGAGUGGCAACCAACUUUCUGGCAAUUUACCAUUAGAAGUUGGAAGGCUAUACAGACUAACAAAUCUUGACUUGUCAAGAAACAGUUUGAGUGGACAAAUACCAAUAGAAAUAGGGAACUGCUCCAACUUAUUAUAUCUGGAUUUAAGCAACAACAAUUUGAAUGGAAGCAUUCCCUAUCAAAUUGGCAAUCUGGUUUACCUUCAACUUCUAUUGGAUCUUAGUCAAAACCGGCUCAGUGGAGAGAUACUGUCACAGUUCAAAAAUUUGGAAAACUUGGAAAAGUUAAAUAUCUCCCACAAUCAACUCUCUGGUACCAUUUCUUCUGCUUUUGAUGGAAUGGCUAACUUGACAUUCAUUGAUAUAUCUUACACUGAGUUUGAAGGUCAAAUUCCCAACAACAGAGCCUUUCAAAAUGCUACAAUAGAAGCUUUAAGAAACAACAAAGCACUGUGUGGCAAUGUAAGUGGUCUGCAACCUUGCAAAUCAUCCCUGUCCAAAGGAGAAAAGGGAAAACCAAACCACAAAAUCCUGAUUGCUGUCUUGGUUCCAUUGUUAGGUUUGCUAUUUCUUCUGUUUUCUAUUCUUUGUAUCGCUCGUAUCCACCGGAGGUUAAGAAUUGUUGAGACAAAGCAAAGAGCAACACCACGUAAUACAGAUUUAUUUUCUGUAUGGAAUUACGACGGAAGAAUAGUAUAUCAAGAAAUUAUUGAAGCAACAGAGGAUUUUGAUGCCAAAUAUUGCAUUGGGAUGGGAGGAUUUGGAAGCGUAUAUAUAGCAAAGCUGUCAACGGAUCAAGUAGUUGCUGUCAAAAAGCUUCACCAAUCAUUACAAGAUGAAUGUGAGAAUGCCAACAUACAGGCAUUUCAAAAUGAGAUUUGUGCACUGACAAAACUGAGACACCGAAACAUUGUGAAGCUAUAUGGUUUUUGUUCAUAUACACAGAACUCCCUUCUAGUUUAUGAGUAUUUUGAGAGAGGAAGCUUGGCUAAGAUCCUUGACAACAAUGAGCUUGCAUCAGAAAUGGAUUGGAUAAAAAGGGUUAAUGUUAUCAAAGGUGUGGCAAAUGCUUUGUCUUAUAUGCACCAUGAUUGUUCACCACCGAUCAUUCACCGUGACAUAUCGAGUAACAAUGUUUUGUUGGAUGAAGAAUAUGAGGCAUGUGUCUCUGACUUUGGCACUGCUAGGCUUCUAAAGCCCGAUUCAUCCAAUUGGACUUCUCUAGCGGGGACGUGUGGAUAUGUUGCUCCAGAGCUUGCCUACACGAUGAAGGUGACCCGAAAAUGUGACGUUUAUAGCUUUGGGGUAUUAACAUUAGAAGUGCUGAUGGGAAGGCAUCCAAGUGAACUCAUCUCUAUGCUAUUGUCAUCGUUCCCAGUAGUGCCACUAACAAAGCAAAUGAUACUAUUGGGAGAUGUGGUGGACAAACGGCUUUCCCCUCCCACGAUGGACAUGGUUGAAGAACUCUUAUCUGUUAUGAAGCUAGCAAUCUCAUGUUUAGCUAUUGAUCCACAAUCUCGGCCUGACAUGCAUUAUGUGUCUGAGAAACUAUCAUCUUGAAGCCAUUAUUUGCCUUGCAAUAUGCUUCGUGUUGGCAUCAUACACAUUCAUUGGAAAGAAAGUUGCA